AUGUCGCAUAGAAGCCUUCGUGUGAGGCGCCUGACAAUGAUAGAGUCAGCGGAGGAUGUUUCCCUCUGGUUGAAGCGCGCCCACGAGCAGUGGUGCACCAAUGAUCUUAUUGCGAUACGCAUCAAGAAUUCAAAUGAUAUCGCGAUCGGUUGUACCGUUCCCCUUCCGUUUGAGCAUCAUACUCGUAACGGGAACUGGUGGGGAUUGAACUGGGAUGCAGCUGGGGAAGCCACUUCGGUCGAAGAUGGGGCGUGCAGUGGCCAAAGCUUUUCAGAAGGCGGCUUCACCUUUACAGUGUCAGAGGAACCGUCAACACUUUUGGCUGUGGACGCUAUUACACUAACAGGAAAAGUUGUUGGAGUUGGCGUUUUGGAUAUCCAGUCAGCAUUUGUAGAAGAUAGAAUGGUACAAUGGUAUCGUGUGUCGUUGGUGCCGAAAUGUUGUGCAGUAGAUGAUGCAACCGUGCAUGCGGUGCUAGAGGUUGAAGUUACCCACAACGAGAUUGCCACCCGGGAGUCUGGCAAGAGUGAGUACUUAUUACAUGACAUCCCCACUUCCAUCCAUUGCGAUGUAGUGGAUGUGUCUACAACGCAGUUCCUUUUUCCCACAUGCUUUCUCACGGGGACUGGUGCCUUUGUGGUGUCGAACGUCCUCUGUGUGAAAAAUAUCACCACGGACAUGGUCUCCGUGCAGUUAGCAGUGACAGGUAACAGCAGCUGCGUCCGUGUACAACCACCAGGGAAAGUAGUGCUCAAAGAAGGUGAAAAGGCCUACUUUGUUGCUACCUGGGAUGUUUUCAAGAAGUUCGCUGCCUCCACGAAGGAAGGUGUGCCAAUUGAGAUGCAUGUGAUGCUAGUAGCAGGGGGGGAAGAACUGCGUCCGGUGGCGAUUCAAAUGUUUGGAGAGACGCCACGCGCAUCUGCCACUAACGCGGCGUUUCAUUAUUGGGUUAACACCACAAUGAUCACCAACCGGCCGUGCGCAGCAGAAGAACUCACGUUGCUCAAGACAAUGCUUCCUGUGUUUCAAGUAGGCAAGUCUGAGUGA